UAUAUAUGUGGGCGCUUUUUCAAUUUCAUGGGUAUAUGAAGAUUUACAAGCACAUCCUCGAUACAAAGUGCUUUUGAGUAGCACACGCUUUGUGUCAAAUAGUAGUCUCGAGGCUUUACUUUCAAAAAAUGAAGAAAAGGAGAUGUCCAGCGUAGUUCCCAGUGUUGCAAAAUAUAAAAUGCCAUUGGAUGAUAAAGAAGACAUGAAACCGACUUUUAUUGUUAUGCGUACCUCCUCGGGACAACGAUAUUUAUGCCAGAUACCUCCAACCAUAAAUAACACAUUAAUGGAGAGAAUUAAAACAGAUAUUAAUAAAAACGACAACGUAAAUAUUUUGAGAAGAGGAUUGGAACUCUUGGAACCCAUGAAGAAUAAAUGUAUACAUCUUCGAAUUGGAUGGUGGACAUAUGAAUAUUGCCAUCUCAACCAUAUCCGACAAUUCCAUCAAAUCCUUGAAGCGAGUGGAACAAUAUUAACAGAGGAUCCCAAUGCUGCGUCGUACUACUUGGGCAGGUAUGAUCCAAAACAAGCAACAUUGCCACCUUCCGAGAAAGUCGACAAGCAAGGACAACACACCCAGGAACAACUGGGAACAGAAGUGCAAGCAACCGGUGAGAAAAAAUAUUUAGUCUUACGAUGGAGCGACGGGACCACUUGUGAUUUAACGGGGAAACCAAGAAAAGUAGAAAUUCAGUUUCAUUGUAGUCCACAAUUACGUGAAGAUAAUAUAGCAUUAAUUAAAGAGACUAAUACGUGUCAUUACCUUGUUGUGAUAAAUACUCCACGAUUAUGCCGUGAUCCAGCUUUUCAAAGUAAAUCAUCCUCAAAAGUCAAUCCUAUCGAAUGUAAUCCCGUGGUCUCUGACGCAUUCUACGAAAUCGCAGCAUCAGAACAGCGUAAACAUGUAGGAGGUGGCAACGAAAAGAAACAAGUUGAAAGUAAUACUAUCAAAAUCGAGGAUAAUAUUAAUGCGGGGAAAAAUGAUGAGGUGGAGAAUUCCAAACAGGACCCAAAAGAAGAUUCUGCUACUACUAAAGCCUCGAUAUCCGAUAACCAAAGAGAAGAGAAAGAGAAAUUAUCUGAGGAUAAGGAAAAGGAUUCUGAAUCCGAGAAAAAAUCACCAAAAAGUGAUACAUCUACAAAAUUGACUGAUGAAGAAGUCACCGAUACAGUUAAAAGAGUUCUUGAUAAAUGGCGCGAAGUUAUUCGUGUUUUGGGAAAUAAUGCUGAUUACGAGCUAAAAGAUAUCGAAUUUCUUUUCAAUGAUGACGAUGACGGGGAAGAGAAACCUCCAGAGACUACUAGUAGUGAUGAGAUGGGCGAGACUAAAUUGAAGAGAGUCAAAGUGAAAUUUUCAGAUGAAACCGGUAAAAUUGUGGCAAUGGAAAGGUUGCAAGAAUUAAAACAAUCAAGCAAUAAAAAAGCAUCAUCUAAUUCCGACGAUAAUAGGGAAAAAUCAUCAUCUUUUUCUUCUUCGAUCGAUAAUGAUGAGUUUCAUCGUAUGCUUGAAGAAUUGAUUUUAGAUGAAUCAGGAAAGCUAGGAAAGAUGAAAAAGACCGAACACUUAAAACCAUCUGAUCAAGAACGCCUAAGUGAAUUGUAUGAUACUGUAUACGAAAAUGAAGAGACUAUCCAAAAGUUUGAAAAUGAUCAAGAACAAAAAUCGAAAUUGUGA